UUAAUUAUAAAUGGACGCUGAAGUCACAAUCUUUGAUAAAAUCGUAUCUGGAUAGAUAAAAGCAAACAUUGUUUAUUAGGAUGAUCUAGUAUAAAUUAACUAUAUUUAGUGCCUUGCCUUCCAUGAUGUCAAUCCAUAAGCUCCUGUCCAUAUUCUAUUGAUUCCAAAAUAACGAAAUGGAUUGACAUAAUUAUCGAAGGCUCAAGAACACAAUAAAGAAGUCUUAGGCCAUCUAUUGUUCACCGUCACUAAGAUCGUUGAGUUGGUUGAUGAAUUGAAGCAAGGAUUCAGAAUCGUCAUUAAUGAUGGAGAGAAUGGAGGUCAGAGUGUUUGGCAUCUUCAUCUACAUAUAAUUGGAGGAGAACAAUUAACUUGGCCUCCAGGAUCCAGUGGAACCUAAAAGAAAUGAGCAAUUGGUUAAAAUAAUAAU